AUGUCCGAUGCCAAGUCAUCACGCCAUCAAGAGCUCAAGGACUAUAGAAUUGGCAAGGAAAUCGGCAAGGGUAGUUUUGCCACGGUUUAUAAAGGUGAACAUGUUCCAUCAGGUUCGGGCGUAGCCAUCAAGGCUGUGUCCCGGGUCAAAUUGAGCAAGAAACUGCUCGAGAACCUGGAGUCGGAGAUUUCAAUUCUAAAAACUAUGAAGCAUCCUCAUAUUGUGGCACUUCUAGACUAUAGACGCACUUCGACUCAUUUCUACCUCGCCAUGGAAUACUGUUCUCUGGGUGAUUUAUCUUAUUUUAUCCGUGAUCGAGAAAAGAUUUCCAAGUCUCUACCGCUUGUAGCGUCUCUGUUUCAGAGAUACCCAUCUCAACAAGGUCUCCAUGAGGAUCUGGCAAGGCAUUUCCUCAAGCAACUUGCAAGUGCUCUACAGUUUCUCCGACAGAGAGACCUAGUUCACCGAGAUAUCAAGCCUCAAAACUUGCUACUAUUACCGCCAAAGAAAAGUAAAAAAGAGGCAGAGGAAGCCGGAUAUGCUGGUCAAUGGGAGCUUCCUGUGCUGAAAUUGGCCGAUUUCGGGUUUGCUCGAAGUCUACCAAGCACAUCAUUGGCGGAAACUUUGUGUGGAUCUCCUUUAUACAUGGCUCCGGAGAUUCUCCGCUACGAGAAAUACAAUGCUAAAGCCGAUUUAUGGUCUGUUGGUGCAGUUGUUUAUGAGAUGGUGAUUGGAAAGCCACCUUUCCAGGCCGCUAACCAUGUUGACUUGCUCAAGAAAAUUCAACAAGCGGAUGAUAAAAUCGCGUUUCCAAGUUCUAGUAAUGCGAGCGAGGAAAUCCGGAAAUUGAUUCGCUCGUUACUGAAGAAAUCACCUACCGAGCGAGUAGGGUUCAGCGAGUUUUUCCAGAAUCCAAUUCUCCGCGAAGAUAUACCUACCGAAAACAAACCUUUGGAUCAGUCUAAUUUGGACGAGAAGAUUUUUAUUUCCGAGUAUAUCGACGGCGUACCAACAGCCACACGGCUUCCAACACCACCAUCGGGAUCAGAGACUGGUUCUCCUGCGAAACAUGAGUCUGGUAAGGACAAUGUAGAGCGUGUGGACCGCACAAACUCUCACUCUCCUAACUACAGUUAUGCGACAUCACCCGAGGGAACUAACCUGAAUCGACCUCGUGUUAAUACAGGAUCCAGCCCUGAUAAGUACCCUGGACGUGCAGUCGCUAACAAUUCAACCCCUUCUCCAAAUACAUCUUUAAUAGUCGACGACCGGAAAUCAUACAGAUCGAGUAAUCCUGGCAGUCAAGAGCACCAGAAACAAGAUAACUCAGGAUCCAAAGACCGACGUGAGCAGUCACCAACGACUACCAAUAACCAAGUGGCAAUACCCAUGAAUCGGACUAACGCCGCCUCUGCAUCUACUUACUACUCAUCAUCACGACCAUCAGUACGUGACGACAGUCUCGAACAGGAAUAUGUGGUGGUAGAAAAGCGAACGGUUGAAGUGAAUGCAUUUGCUGAUGAGGUAGCUUACUCACCAACAUCCGCCAAGUUCUCGGUCUCUCCGAUUCGUGCAAUCAUGCAGAAUAACAUGCAGAGAGAUAGAAGGAUGUCCAUUGGUUAUGGCAGCUCUCCUACCAAUGCAUUGACAAAAGCUCUUAGUAUGGCAUCUGCUCGUUUGUUCGGCACCAAGGUCGAUAUUAAUGGAACUACAACAUCGGUUUCACCACCUCAAUUUGCUCAACGGCCCAUUCCUUCGACAAUCGAGGUCGAGGAACGGAUCUUGAUCAAGGAAUUAGAAGCACUAGCAACUAAAGCAAAAGUUGUCAACUUGUUUGCCGAGGUCAAGUAUUCACAGUUGCUUCCUACUGACCCUGAACGGAUCUUAUCAGAGGAUGCUAGCAGGACCACCUCCGACGAGCAUCUGCUUAACCUAGACCCUGAGACCUGUACAGUUGUUGCUGAAGAAGCAAUGGUUCUCUACGUCAAGACUCUGUCAUUAUUAUCAAAAGCAAUGGAAAAGGCUGCCGGAUGGUGGGAUGAGAACGAUAGUAAAGGAGCCUCACUUCAACUGAACGACGUUGUGCAGUGGAUUCGUGAAAAGUUCAACGAGUCUCUAGAGAAAGCUGAGUAUGCCCAAGAUCGUAUUGAAGCUUGUCGGAACAGCAUUGCUGCUAGUGCUAGCCAUUCUGACAGAAGGUCGAUGGACAAGUCGUCAUCGAUUACUGCUGAAAAGCUCAUUUUCGACCGAGCUCUAGAAAUGUCCAGAGCCGCUGCCGUCAACGAACAAGUGGGUGAGGACCUGGAAGGUUGUGAACUCUCCUAUGGAACAGCUGUUUGGAUGCUGGAAGCACUCCUGGUCACUGACAAACAAGACGAACUACUGGAUGACGACGACCGGGCAAUUGUCGAAAAGUUCAUCGCCAGUAUUAGCCAUAGAUUAUCAGUACUACGAACAAGACUAGAAGCAAUUGGCAAAGGAGGCCACGCUCAAACUCCUGCACUACCAAUCCACUUCCGACGUCGCACCUCAUCUUCAUCCUCAUCAUCCUCACCUAACAAGUACGCCUCCAGAGGCCAGAUCACCGAGCUGUCAUCCCACGCUAUUGAUGAUUAG